UGGUGCUGCAGUAAUCGCUUGGUGAACGUCUGCGACACUGGUACGCGUGUACGUUUCACGCCAAAUAAGCUGUUGCUGCCUUAGAAGUGUCCAACAAGUGUGUUGUUUUGAGUGAUCAGUCAGAGAAGCUUAAUUUUCCAACAAGUUUUCUACUAUUAUUCGUAGCAAGAAGUGUGCUCACCAUGUUCGAACGCCAGGAAUCGCAAGGGCCUACGCUCAAGGAAGGUGGCUCGUACAUUAUGGAAGGACACGAGUCAGCGGAAGCGAAGAACGUGUGCAUCAUCUUCUCACCGGAGCAGGAGGAAGCCGGUGCGCUGGCCAAGAUGCUGAAGAUCUUCGACGAUCAUCGGGUCAAUCUGCUCCACAUCGAAUCCCGCUCGUCGACCCGUGGGCCCGGUUACGAGUUCAUGGUGGAGUGUGACGGUAAGGGCGGUACCCUGGGGACAGCCAUCGAAGCAAUCCGUGAGCGCAGCAACUACUUUAACAUCAUCUCCCGGGACUACAAGGAUAAUGAAGCAACGGUACCGUGGUUCCCCCGGCGUAUCCGUGAUCUGGAUCGGUUUGCGAACCAGAUUCUUUCGUACGGUGCCGAACUCGAUUCGGAUCAUCCCGGGUUUACCGAUCCGACGUACCGGGAGCGGCGCAAGUACUUUGCAGACAUUGCGUUCAACUACAAGCAUGGCCAACCGUUGCCACAUGUUGACUAUACGGAGGCCGAGAUCAAUACGUGGCGUACGGUGUUCAACAAUCUGACCAAACUCUACCCAACGCACGCUUGCCGUGAGCAUAAUCACGUGUUUCCGCUGCUAAUCGAGAACUGUGGUUACCGUGAGGACAACAUUCCGCAGCUGGAAGAUGUUUCGAACUUCCUGAAGGACUGUACGGGCUUUACGUUGCGACCGGUGGCCGGGUUGUUGUCGUCGCGUGACUUCCUCGCCGGGCUCGCGUUCCGGGUGUUCCACUCGACGCAGUACAUCCGUCACCCGAGUAAGCCACUGUAUACACCGGAACCGGACGUGUGCCAUGAGCUGCUGGGGCAUGCUCCCCUCUUUGCCGAUCCUUCGUUUGCGCAGUUCUCGCAGGAGAUCGGAUUGGCGUCGCUCGGUGCCCCGGAUGAGUACGUUGAGAAGCUGGCCACGUGCUUCUGGUUUACGGUGGAGUACGGAAUGUGCCGUCAAAAUGGUGCCCUGAAGGCGUACGGUGCUGGGCUGCUGUCCUCGUUCGGGGAGCUCCAGUACUGUCUCACCGAUAAGCCGGAACUGCGCGAGUUUGAUCCGGCCAAGACGUGUGAACAGAAGUACCCGAUCACCGAGUAUCAGCCGGUGUACUUCGUUUCGGACAGUUUUGAGGAUGCGAUCCAGAAGAUGAUCAACUAUGCCAACACGAUCCCGCGCCCAUUCGGUGUCCGGUAUGAUCCGUACACGCAGAGCAUCGAGAUCCUUGACUCGGUGCCGCAGAUCAGCAACCUGAUGCGCAACAUUCACAACGAGUUCGAGGUGCUGCAGAACGCAUUUAAGAAGCUGUAGGAAAAGAACGCUAGGGCCCAGGGCGCCCGAAAUAGGUGCUAUAGAUUUAGGUUUAAGGAAAUAUAAACUACUAAAGGUUAUAGUUUUUUUAAGAAGCUCUAAAAGCUGCUCUGUUAUUGUGUCGUGUGUGCGUUUGUGUUGUUAUUUUUUCAUACUUUGUUUAACAGCAGCGCCAAACAAGUGCAAAAUAAAGCUCACUCUAUGUACGACAAUUUAA